AUGGCAGUUGGAAACGGCCACAAUGGAAUGAAAGGGCUUCAGCUCUUCAUAGCAGAUCUUCGGGGCUCCGUGCAGAGCGAAGACCGAGAAAAGCGGAUCCAGUCGGAAAUGGUAAACAUUCGUAAGCAAUUCGAAGCAUCUGAAUCUUUAAGUGGGUACCAGCGUAAGAAGUACGUUGCGAAACUAGCCUACGUCUUCAUUGCGACGAAUACUACGAAGCUAAGUGAUGUGGUGUUUGGCCUGGAUCAAUGCUGUGAGCUGUUGGGAUCAAACGUGUACUCCGAGAAGUUUAUCGCGUACAUGACACUCGAGUUGUUAUACCAUCAUGCAAAUAUAAACGACAGCAUUGGAAGGCGCGCGACCCAGCAGGUUAAAAAGGACCUCGCUUCAACUGAUGACGACGUCGUGUGCCUGGCGCUCAACUUUCUUGGAGUUGUUGGCAAGUCCCACGAAGAGCUAACGCAUGAGCUCAUUCACGAGGUUUUUCAGGUCCUUCGUUCCCCAACUUCAGCACAGAUCCUAAAGAAGAAAUCUGCACUAGCUUUCUUGGCACUACUUCGUAACGACUCUAGUAUAUUAACGCAAGACGUGAGGCGCAAGCAUCUCUGGAUCCAGCGUAUUAUAAGUUUGCUGGAUGACAGUUCGAAUUAUAGGCUUAUGAUUUCGGUGUUGCCUCUUAUAGAAUUCAUUGCGCGUGAGGUUGACAGUCAGGCUUGUGUCAAGCUCAUUCCUCAGCUGUCAACAAUACUUCAAAAUUGCAUUUUCGCAGAGAACAGACCUGCGGAUGAGUUUCAUAGAAACCAAAUUAGCUCUGGGAUCCCAGACCCAUGGAUAGUCACUAAGAUUGUAUCCAUUUUAAACUUCCUAAUCUGUUCUCCCUCUAGUACUUCGGGCGAGGUUACUUUUAGCAACAUCGACCAAGCAACAUUAGGAAAACUCCGGGUUUGUGUUACUAAAGUUAUAGAGAUAGGUACACGUCCAGCGGUUGAUGUCAUCAUGCGUACCAUCCAAAACACAAUAUUAUUCUCACUUAUCAACUUUGCUUCCAAGCUGGAUCCAUCUGUUGACGCUAUUGCCAGUUCUGUGAACGCUUUGUGCUCUCUUUUGUCUUCAAAUGAAACAAACACACGCUACUUAACCUUAGACUGCCUCACGAAGUUAUGCUCGAUAAACGGGAAGGGCGCUAGAGAUGAAGUCCGCGCUUAUCACAUAGAGCAGUUAUUCCAGAUCUUGGCUACAGAGCGCGACUCGUCUAUCGUCAGAAAGUUGGUUGACCUGCUGUAUACAUUAACAGAUGUUGGAAAUGUUCAAAUGAUUGUAAAUGAGCUGCUAAAAUAUAUGACCGGGUCACGACAGCCCGAUCAUCACAUUAGAUCAGAUAUUGCUGUCAAGGUUGCGAUACUCACAGAAAAGUAUGCACAUGAUACUAACUGGUACGUUGUUGUAACUUUGAAGCUUUUGUCGCUUGCAAAUGCUUCUUUCAAUAACGAUGAUAUCUGGCAGAGGCUCUGUCAAAUAGUUGUGAACAACGAAAGCCUUCAUCAAUUAACUUGCAGACAUCUCGUUGAGUAUUUGUAUCAGCCAAAUAUGUCAGAGCCUCUUGUGAAAGCGGCGGCAUUCUUGCUUGGAGAAUUUGCGGAGUCGGUGGCUUCGGAAGUUUCAUGCGGCGACCUUUUCAACUUAUUCACAAAUAAGUACUUCGGCGUCUCCAACUUAUGCCGUGCAAUGAUUUUGACUACCAUGAUGAAGCUCUACAAACGAGAUUCCCUAAUAGGAUCGGCAUUGAUCAAGUUCUACCAACUCGAACUUAAUUCGCUUGAUGUUCAGCUUCAGACAAGGUCUUACGAAUAUCUGAAGAUUAUUCAGUUAGAGAAAAUACACGGUGUUAACCUGUCCGAUGUUUUGUUUUUGCCUAUGGUACCUUUUAGUGCCAAGAAAAAUCCCCUUUUGAACCGUCUAGGCCCUUCCGAUCAAAGCGUUUCAGAGCUGACAAGCUUUUCAUCCUCCGAUAACACCAUAUCAACCGUUCCAACCCCUCCAUUAAGCAGGUCGCAUAGGAAGCCUCCUGCUAGCAACCGUUAUGAAGAGCAAACCCUCUCAGCUAACUGGGAGGAAGCUUUUAGAAGAACACUGAAGCACAAACAAGGUGUUCUUUAUACUUGUUCUUUCAUUAAGGUUCUUUAUCGCCUGAAUACAGUUUCAUCGCAUCCAGAGCUUCUUGAAGUUACACUGACAUACGUCAAUACUUCUGAUUGGCCUAUAACGUCGCUCUUAACAGAACUCGUCGCUAAGAAAACUGAGGAUGACCCACCGUAUGUACUGAAAGUGAUUAGCGUGCCGGCUUCCACUGUUGCUAUGGGCGAACGUACCACACACAAGUUUGAAAUUCUAACGCGGCACGCGUAUCCACUUAACCAGUGUCCGAUCGUGAAUGUUUCGUUUCGAAGCAACGGGCACUUCAGUAGUCUGGGAUUAAAAAUCGCAUCCAGUAUCACUAGCACCAUUGUCUCCACGCAUACUGAUGGAAGACCUGGUGUCACAUUGCCUCAAUUUGUUCAACGUUGGAGGGCACUUGGGGAUGCCUUGGGGAAGGACGGGGAAUUUCACGGUUCGGCUAUCUUCGCACAGAGCAACACUUACAACCAUGUUAAAAGUUGCGUGGGGAAACUUGGAUUUGAGAUUGUUGAACAGAGUAUGGCUGAGAGUACGAUAUUUGCUGCGGGAAUAGUGCGGACAAAAGUUGACGGCAGUUCGGGGUGCCUAAUGAAAAUUGAGUGCCGAGACUCUCAGGUGGAUAUCAUUUGCAAGACAACGCACGGAGGCUACCUGUCGGAGCUUGUUGCGGGUUGCGUGCUGGAAGCUCUCAGGUGA